AAUGACGUGUAUAUCAUGGUCAUUUUCUUAAUAUAUCAUAGGUUGACUGUUUACCUAACUUUAAAAUUAGCCAUGAGUAACUUGACUGCCUUGUCUUUUUACAUCCGCUUUUGUAUACUAUGAAGUGAAGCAUGCAGAUAUCAUUAUGUAAUGUGUGUCCAAGUGUUUUGGGGUGCCUCUCUUAACUCAGGAUAUUUCAGCAUCCCCCAUCAUGUCAAGCAUGACAGGGAGAUGUAUUAAACGUUUUGUGGCAUUGUUAGUGUGUUGGAUAUUAAUAUUAUUUACAUGUGUUCAAGUUAUAGGAUUGGAUGAUAUUUAUCGAAAUGUGGAUGUUAUUACCAAAGUUGGGAAUCCUUGUAGUUUUCCAUCCACAAUUCCUAUCAUCAUUACGACAGAUAACCUACAUCUCAGUCUAAAUUUAAGGAAAUCUAGUGCAAUAUCUAGUUCUUUACCCGUGUAUAUACAGCAACCAAAUUCUACACAUAUCACAGCAAUGUACUCCAACACUGAUGGGCAAGUGAUUGCCACUUACCAAAACAGAGAAUAUAACGCAGCAUUUGUCAUAGAAUGUAUAAAUCUAGACGAAAAACAUAUACAAAAAUGGCAUGGAGAAUUUACAUUGAAUAAUAUCAAACGAUACUUUCUUCAACCAGAUAACGUAUACCCGUCUUCCGGACAUAUAUUACAAUAUAUUGGAGAUCAUCAAAGACCAUAUAUUAAUACCAAAGAAUUAAAUAACAUUCCCAGGGAACGGUUAAAGAGAGCAGCAUCAAAAGUAACUUAUUAUAUUGAAGUAUUGGUUGUAACAGAUUAUCUUAUUUUUCAAAGGUUCUUCGAUCAGAUAGAAACUACUACCUCUACGGACGAGAAAAGGGAGAUGACUCUCGAUAAAAUUAAAACCUACUAUGCCCAUGCCAUUAACGCGGUAAACUUAAGAUAUAAAAAUAUGGCAAGUGAAACAAUGGAUUUUGAAAUUAAAUUGGUUGGCUAUUUCAUAUCCGAUUCUGUUGAAACAUCUGGGUGGAUAGUGCCGACUGACUCAACCCAGUUUCCUGCACAACUAAUGCUGCAAAAUUUUGAAAGGUGGAAAUCUAAGAAGUUGCUUAUGGAUCAUGACCAUGCAAUUCUAUUCACGGGUUAUGAUCUGACAGACACUGACUCCAGUACAGAAGGCAGGGCCCCUGUUGAAAGUAUGUGUACUGAUAAGAGUUUUUCAGUUGUAGAAGAUAGGGGUAUUUCGAAAACUGUAGCAAUAGCUACUCAUGAAAUGGGACAUAGUUUGGGGUCAUUACACGAUAGUGACGCUGGGUGCAACGAUACAGAUCGCUAUAUAAUGGCGGGUUCCAUUCAAACCGAAAGUUCUGCAAAUAAGCUGAAUCCAUGGUAUUUUUCGUCGUGUUCUGUUGCCGCCAUAGAACAAUAUGUCGACUCGGUUAAUUCUAUAAAGAGCGUAAACUGUUUAACAGAAAUAUUGAGUUCAUCAAGCGUUGUACCGGAUAUAAGUGAUAUGUCUGGACAGGUAUACAGUUUAGAUGACCAGUGUCGCCAGUUACAUGGAGCUGAAUCUUUUUAUUGUCAGAAUCGUGGUAAUUUAUCGGGCAUUUGUAGAAACCUGCCUUGUUUUGAUCCUAAGACAUUUGACUGUAUUUCUCAAACGGCAGCUACAGGCUCGUCGUGUGCAUCUAAAAUGUGGUGUUUAAAUGGCGAAUGCAAAUAUUCUAACAAUGCCCCUAACAUUACAGAUUGCUUUGACCAACAUAGAAUAGUUCUAAGUGUAUCAAAAGCCGGAGAAGCAACCAGGGAUCUUUAUACCUGUCAAUCUGCCGUUUCAAGUUUGGCUGGAAUCUGUUACAUACCUUCAGUUAUACGGGGUUGCUGUGCUUCUUGUAAUGAAGUAAAAUCAUCAGUUCAGGGUUGUGAAUAUGGCGACAGUAUAAAAGGGUGUGUCGAAGAAGGGUGUAAUCGAGUCGAACCAGAUGGCUAUAUUUAUAAUAAAGGAUGCUGUAGAACAUGUAAGCUCACAUCUGAGUUUAAAUGUAUUGACCAAGAUGAAAAUAUGUGCACAUCUAACAUUGCUAUAAAUGGUUAUAUUUUCUGUUAUAAUACCUCAUUCGCUCAUAUCUGCUGUAAAAGUUGUGAAAGUGUACGUAAUACUGCAAAAACGGGCUGUGAAUAUGGUGACCGAAUCAAUGGCUGUUUACAGUUUACCAAUAACGGUACAAGGAACUGUGAUCCAUCGUGCUGUAAAACUUGUGCUCGUCCGACUAACCUAGCAGUUUCACAUAAUCUUCCUUGCCGUGUCUUAAUCUUACAACUAUUUUCCAUUCUAAUUAUUUUGUCGAUAUACUAAUACAUACAUGUUUAUGGUGCCUUCAAAAUAUGCCAAAAUUAUAUCAUUUGUAAAUAGAUUUGGGCUAUUAAUAGAAAGAGAUCGUACAUGUUAGUCAUCUUGGGACCGUGGGGAUAAAUUGUUCUUGACUUAUUUUCUCAACGUUUUCAAGGUUAGUAGCCGGGUAUAGACGUAAAAGUAGUUCCAGGUUCCAGGGGUUAUUGAUUGCUAAUCAAAUAUAUCAACGGCUCCAGCCAUAUUCCUGCAAGUUUUCAGAAAAAUGAGGUUCAGCGAUGCUUAAACAUCGACUUACAAUUUUAGUAAAUAUGGUCCAUAUUGAAUUGGGGCGUUUUUGUAUAACAUAAAUAGUUAUCGUAAAUAACGUUGCUACAAAACAGAUGUUCAUAUAUUGGAAAAGGGUAGUUUUAUAUUGUGGCAAUGUUAAAUAACCCCUGAUACCUAGAAAUCGAAGCGCAAAGGUCAGGGCUAUAUUUACUGGGUCUUAUUAACAGGUUGGGACAGAAUGGUAAGACGUUCAAGUUUAAGUUCAAUCCCAUUUCAUUUCCCCUACCAUGUAAACCACCUACACACCAGAACCAUCAGUUAACAUGUAUUAAAUGUAACCAUACCUACAAUCAGAUAUCUAUCUAAACCUUGACAACUUUAUCCUAAAUCUUACCAAUAAACCACAAAACCAAAUGUUUAUAAAGUCAGACUUAUUACCAUAAUCCGAAAACAUGUUUCCUGGUUAUGAUAAAUUGAAAUAAACAACUAUUAACAUA